AGGGUCUCCUCUUUUGCUCAUCCGCCUCCUUUCCACUGCAAGAAUGAGGAUUUAAACUGUAUACUGCUCAGAUACUGGAUCCUCAGUCCAGUCUCAAACUCAAAUCGAUGGGUUCGGUAAAGGUCGAUACAGCUCAGCACAUUGGAGUUUGACAUAGAUCCAUCAAUGAGAUCCAUAUGGGGACAGCGGCCCUUCAGUUAUUGCCACAUUACAAUGAAGUUCAGUCUCUGGCACGUGUUCCCAACCCUCACAUGGCGAGGAGAAUAAGGAAUGAGGACGAACGAGAAUUAGGAUGCGAAGAAGCAAAACGAGGUGCUAUAAAACACGGGAGAAGAAUCCUCCCGCAGCAAGGCCAGGUGGCGAACUCACGCAUAGCAUGGGAUCCUCUGCUGGAAGGACUUUUGUAGUCAUGUGAUGCAUAAGAAGCUGAUUCAAUUGUCAAAGUCAGAAAUUUCAGAUGAAAAGCGUGUGUUCCGUGACAGACAAGGGAAACUCACGUUGAUUCUUUGGCGACUGAAGAAAUUAAUGUCAGCUCUCACAGAUUCGAGUCUAGUCAAGGUCGUUGUCGAAUUGACGAGUUACAGCUGUAGGAGACACGUUCGGUAUCCCCUUGGUAUCGACUUCAUUUACCUUUCAUUACACUAACGUCAAAUGAUAGAAGUACGUGCAAAUCUGUAGCCCAUGUGACCAGAGAACAGAAGAUGGAGAAUCAUCCUGCCCCGCACCUACACUGGGAACACAGGGAAUCAAGCAAAUUUAGUUUGGUAUCAUCGGUUUGUCGUUCAGUGUACGUCAAGUUGGUUUUCUUCCCCUCCUCUUGGGUUCGACUUGCAGAAGAGAACGACUUACAGAGUUUCACCAGCACGCCCUUUUCACCUCCUCUUCUAUGGAUCUCUGCUGCUCUCUUGCAGACACCUCAAGCCACUGCAUUGCCCUGGGAGGACGCAACAGGGUUCCGAGGUCACACACUAGAGUAACAUGCCACGACCACCACAUUGAAGGCUGAUGCAGCAAUCCGUCCAGGGAGUUCAUUUUUAGUAAAG